UGAUGAUGCCAUAGCAUCUAAUGACGUGGUCUUAGUGGAGUUUUUCGCUCCAUGGUGUGGUCAUUGUAAGAGUCUGGCCCCAGAGUACGAGAAAGCUGCCAAGCGUCUUAAGAACAACGACCCUCCAGUGGUACUGGCAGCAGUGGAUGCUACAGUGGAAUCAGACCUGGCUCAGAAGUAUGAUGUCAGUGGCUAUCCUACAUUGAAAUGGUUCAAGAAAGGUCAGCAGUUUGACUAUGAUGGACCCAGACAUGAGGAUGGCAUUGUCCAGUACAUGCAAGAGAGAGCUGACCCCAAGUGGAAACCCCCUCCAGAAGCUGUGGUCACUCUGACCAAGGACAACUUCCAUGAUGUGGUGGACAAGGAGGAGCUUAUCUUGGUGGAGUUUUAUGCCCCCUGGUGUGGACAUUGUAAACGACUGGCUCCGGAGUACGAGAGGGCAGCACAGGACCUGCAGAAGAAUGACCCUCCUAUCAUUCUGGCCAAAGUGGACGCCACAGUGGAGACAGAGCUAGCCAAAGAGUACGGCGUAGAGGGCUAUCCCACACUGAAGAUGUUCCGCAAGGGGAAAGCUAUGGAGUAUAAAGGGGAGAGAAACCAGUUUGGUAAGUGACAAAGCUAUGGAGUAUAAAGGGGAGAGAAACCAGUUUGGUGAGUGACAAAGCUAUGGAGUA